AUGAUUGUUCGGCAAACAACUACGACUAUACUAUUUCUACAGCUCAUACUUUUACUACUAUCUCACAACGUCGCGUCGAUCAGUUUAUCGCAAUUCCAACAAAUACAAGGGUUCUCAGAUUCCUGUGAAAAUGUGUGGCAAGAGGAUAUCCCCGGCUGCAUCAGACAUGAUUUCACAGUUUCCAACGAUUGCUCACGGAAUUGCCUCGCGGGUGUGAAUAUAAUUAAUGCGGAAGUACUGGUCGCGUGCGCUGAGGCUCGGGUCAACAGUAAUACACUACUGGGCCAGUUUUUGGCUGGAUUUGGCGUCUCUGCGCUCUGUGGGAAUAGUGUUACAAUGGCGGGUUCGACGACUGCGACCGCGACUGCUAUGAAAACAACCACUACCACUACCAGUACAAGUGCGACGAGCGUUCGCACGACAACGAGUGCGGCUACCUCAACCUCGUCAUCAGCAACGACAUCGUCUACAGCAACGUCAAUCACAGACCCCAAUUUGACCCUUUCAUUUUCCAGCACGACAACUGCUUCACCAACGAGCAGCAUCGCAUCAACCACAACAAGCGCGAAGACUUCAUCAACGUCGUCAUCAAAUACAGAAGCUAAGGGAUUCGGGGGUGUUGGAGACGCGUUCGAUAUCCUCGGCGGCAAAAGCGCGGGAUGUCGAUUGGAGUAUAUGUCUUGGAAAGUAAUGUGCUUGAUGAGCGUUGUUGUAAUCGCGCUUGCGAGGGAGAUAUAG